AUGGCAAUCCCUCGAAUCGUGCCGGCUGUGCCAUUCGCGGCACCUGUCUGGCUGACGCUUAUCACAUCAUUCCUGGCGUUCUCCCACGCGCGGGAUCUCUCCAACCGCCGCCUUCCCACGACCAGGAAUUUUGGAAACGUCACAGUGACUUCCUUGAAUUUCUCCUCCGUUCCCUCCUCGUCUUCCCGCGAACACGCCGCAUUCGACGGCGCGCGCGGGAAUCUCGUAAACCAUAUAUUGCUCGGCGGCUCUCUCGCCACCGCCGCCGCCGCGGAAGUCGGAAAGCCGGCGCAAUUCUCGACUCGGUCCGCGAUAAGCGCCUAUAAUGGACCGCGACUGACAGGGGAAGCGACGAUUCCGGAAUGGCUGGACCGGAACGCGCUGCACGAGCUGGAGGAGAGACUAGGUAAUCUGCUUGGCGAGCCUCUCGGAAACGACGGCGACGAUGUUCAUCAAGCUGAUGCCGAUGAUGGCGUGUUUGAAGUUGGUGAGUGGGAUUCGCCAGGCAUUUGGAGCGACAAGGGCGAAAUGGGAAGUGGUGGACAUUGGGAGCGGGAAAUCGGCGUGAAGGGUGAUCCGACGGUGCGGAGGAGAUCGCUACGGAAGAAGCCAAUCGUGCCGGAUCUGAUCGUGGCUCAGGACGGAUCGGGAAACGUCACUAACCUUCAGGAUGCAGUGGAGAUAAUUAACAGCGAGGAGGGCAAGGCAUGGUACAUAGUGCAGUUGAAGCCGGGGCGGUAUGUGGGCAACGUGGAGGUGGAGCGAGAGAACGUGGUGCUGCUGGGCAGCGGUGCAUGGCAGACAGUCAUCACAGGGAACCGCAGCAAUGGCGCUGGCUUCGAGACAUGGGAUACCCCCUCCUUUGCUGUGGCGGGCAACAACUUUGUGACAAUGGGCAUUCGCUUCGAGAACACUGCGUCGCCUGACAUGGAGGCUGCAGUUGCGUUCCGGGCAUCCAAGGACAAAGCCAUUGCGUACCGCUGUGUCUUUGUUGGCUUCCAGGACACCGUCAACUCGCACCGCGGCCGGCAUUACUUCCGCAACUGCGCCAUCUUUGGCCACGUGGACUUCAUAUACGGCCGCCACGGCGCCGCCGUCUUCGACCGCUGCCGCAUCGUGCCCGUGCCACGCCCCGAGAACAACAGCCCUGCCACCAUCGCCACCCACGGAGGAGACACAGCAUCAAAACGUGAAGGCGGGUUCGUCUUCUACCGCUGCUGGAUUGCACGAAUCAGUCAGCGCGUGACAGCACACCUGGGAAGGCCGUGGAGAUCGCACGCGCGUGUCGUGUACAUGUAUAGCUACCUGUCUGAUGCUGUCCUUCCGGAGGGGUGGGCUCCGUGGCCCGGGGAGAACUACGGGCCGAGGGCUUUCCUGGGGGAGUAUCAGAACACAGGGCCGGGUGCGGGGACGAGUGGGCGUGUGACGUGGGCUCGACCUGGCUUGCUGAAUGAAGCGCAGGUGGCUCCGUUCAUGCCUGAAGCGUUCAUUCGGGGCAGCAGGUGGGUGCGCAGGACACCAGUGGAGAUUGUAUAUCCUUGA